AUGGGCUACCCCGGCACGCUGGAGCGCGGCGCCGCGCCCCAUGAGGGCAUGUCGGCGAGCCGCUACGCAGCAACGCGCAUCUCGACGCUGAAGCCGCCCAUGCUACCCGUGCCCAACCCGUGGAAGCUGGUUCGCAUGCUCAACCGCCAGCAGUGGGCUUUUUUCUUCCUCGCUUUCUGGGCCUGGACCUGGGACGCCUUUGACUUCUUCACCGUCUCCCUCACCGUGAGCGGCCUGGCCAAGACCUUUGACAAGUCCAAGACGGACAUCACCUGGGGCAUCACCCUCGUUCUCAUGUUCCGCUCUGUCGGCUCCAUCCUCUUUGGUAUUGCCGCCGAUCGCUAUGGCCGCAAGUGGCCCUUUAUCGUCAACAAUGCGCUCUUUGUCGCGCUCGAGCUGGGCACCGGCUUCUGCCAGACGUACUCGCAAUUUCUCGCCUGCCGCGCCCUCUUUGGUGUCGCCAUGGGCGGCCUAUACGGCAAUGCCGCCGCCACAGCCCUCGAAGACCUGCCCGAGGAGGCGCGCGGUCUCAUGAGCGGCAUGUUGCAGCAAGGUUACGCCUUUGGCUACCUCCUUUGCGCCGCCUUUGCCCGCGGCCUCGUCAACACCACGUCCCACGAGUGGCGGCCCCUGUACUGGUUCGGCGCCUGCCCGCCCGUCAUCUUCAUCAUCUGGCGUCUUUUCCUCCCCGAGACAAACAACUACCAAGAGCGCCAGCGUCUCCGCGCCCAGGCCGGCGUCGGCGCGGCCGGCACAAAGUCUGCCAGCUCCGUCUUCCUCAGCGAGGGCAAAGUCGCGCUCGUGCGCCACUGGCUGCUCCUCACCUACCUGGUCCUCCUCAUGGCGGGGUUCAACUUUAUGAGUCACGGCAGCCAGGACUUGUACCCGACGAUGCUCGAGAACCAGCUCGGCUUCAGCUCCACUCAGGUCACCGUGACGCAGGUCGUCGCAAACCUCGGCGCCAUGACUGGCGGCACCAUUGUCGGCUUCUCCAGCCAGUCUGUCGGCCGGCGCUUCAGUAUCAUUGUGUGCUGUAUCGUCGGCGGCGCGCUGCUCUAUCCCUACAGCUUCGUCAAGACGCCUGCCAUCAUGGCGCCCGCUUUCUUCCAGCAGUUUUGCGUGCAGGGCGCUUGGGGUGUCAUUCCCAUUCACCUCAUGGAGCUGUCCCCCGGCGCGUUCCGCACAUUCGUCGUCGGCACGGCCUACCAGCUAGGUAACCUCGUGUCGUCGGCGUCGUCGACCAUCGAGGCCCGCAUCGGCGAGCAGUUCCCACUGCCGCCCACUGAGGAGGGCGUCAAGCGCUACGAGUAUGGCAAGGUCAUCUGCAUCUUCAUGGCCUGCGUCUACGUCUACGUCAUCAUCCUGACUCUUGUCGGCCCGGAGCACCUCAACCGCAAGUUCGACGUCGCGCACGACCUCGACACCAAGGCUGCCGUUGGCGCGGACGCCGUCGAGAACACAACAGGCGUGCGCGCCGACCACGACGACGACCACAACGAAAAGGCACGCGAGAUUGAGCAGGACGAGGAGAAGCGCGGGUCGACGCACGUUUAG